AUGCUGACUACAACAACUAUAACUCCCAUAGAUGCACCAAUAACUACUACUAUUAUAAACAAUACCUUGUAUCCAUCUCAUCUGCAUCAUGCACUCAUCAUUGAUCGAGAUUCGAGAGGACAAGCAAAUCCAGAUACUGAUGAUUCAACUUUUCUAAAUCAUUUACGUAAUCUUGCAACACAACCGAUCGAUAUGGUUCAAUUUCUUGGUGACACACCUUCAUUGGCAAUUUGGGAGGCACUACAAGAUCUGAAGAAUGUUUCUCAUCUCGAAAUGCUCAGUGGAUACGAUGAAUAUUGCAAUAUUACACCUUUAGACCAAGUUGGUUCAUCCUGGCCUUUACAGUCUUUAGUAAUCGGAAGUGCAGCUGGUGAAUCUAUCAAUACAGUUCACUUACAGACCAUCACUUCUUUAAAACUUGAUUACUGCUGUGGUUUGUCCUUCGAUUUAUGUACUCGCGAUAGUCCAAGUAAACUAAAACAACUUACUAUUAUUGAAAACGAUGCUUGCGAUCAUUUUAUCAAAUUUCAAGAAAAAACUUCUCUGCUGAAUCAUGUCACAGAAUUAGAAAUCCAAAGUACGAAUGGUUGUGAUUUUUCUUAUCAAUACGAUGAAAAAUGUUUUGGCAAAGCAUUGAUUCAAUGUCAUUCGAUUAAAUCUCUCGAUCUAACUAUGAGUGACUCGUCUGACGAUGACUCCAAGGAAACUUAUUUAAUAGAACUACCUGUCUCUUUCCCACCCAAUGUGGAAGUUUUACGUUUUCGAGGACCACCAACUUUAGCAAAUCAUCUGACUGUCUGGUAUAAGUGCAUAUCAGAUCCAAAAUGGUUACCAAAUCUCAAAUCGAUUAAAUUUUGCUUAGAUGUUUGUCAUCGAGAUAAAGAAAUUCCAUCAGAUGUAGCGAAACUUGCACAUGAACAAUCUACACAAUUUUUGAAAGAUUUAAAAUCAUUUCGACCUUCAGUUACUAUCUUGGACGAAGAAGCAGCUCCUGUUUCAACUACAUAG